GCAUGACGUUUUGUGAUCUGUCACCAGCAAAACAUAAAUACUGAAAAUGUUGGCCGAAGUCGAUGUUUUUAUUAGUAAUUAUACUUUAGUUGAUCCGGAAAUAUAUCAAUUAUGGAUUGAGGGUUACUCGUCCACCGAGGCUGUCACGUUGCUCAAACAAAGAGGAAACAUGAUGGCUGGCAUUCCUCUGGACCUUAUAACAUCCGAUGUACUGGACCACUAUCGAACUUAUUCAUUAUUGGAGCGUGUUUUGCACACACCGGCAAAACUCUCCGAGCAACCGUCAUUCCAGUUGGAGCCUCAAAGUCGUUCGCUUUUGAUAGAGAAGUACUAUUCCUUGGACGAUACCGUCGCCCGAGAAUUGUUCGGUAAGAAAUUCAAUUCUCGCAAUCGCAAGGAUCUUGACGAGGUGGCGGAAAAAACGGGUGUGCGACUGAAAUCGUGCCGCAGACAGUUCGACAAUGUAAAACGUAUCUUUAAGGCGGUCGAAGAGACGCCGGGAAACACAGCCACUAAUAUAAAACAGCAAUUUAUCUUGCCGGACGAUUUGGCCCAGAAGUAUGCUGCUGUUGUGUUUAUAGCUUGCUUGCGAUUCGAGACCACCAAGCGAAAAUUGCAGUUUCUUGAUUUCAAGGAUUUUUUCGAGUGUUCCCAGGCUAUCAUGACAAACUGGACCUACACGUAUCAACAUGCGGGGCCGGAAUAUUUCGAUACGGAAAUGGACAAAGAAUUUUUGUUGGAUUUGCGAGAAAUACGUUAUCUGGUGGACAAGGAAAAGGAAAUAAAAUGUUUGGUAACAAUGCGUUUGAAAUCCACUAUGCUGGAGCGUGCCUAUCAGGAACUUGACAAUAACUUUCGUUCGUACUGGCGUUCGAUCAUCACGAUCGCAGGCAGUCUGCACCGAACAAGAGAUAUGCGCAUGCUGUUUGUGGAACUGACGGAACGUUUGAUCGAACCCUGGAAACAAAACAACUGGCCCAGAGAUCAGGUGGCUCAGUUUAUGCAGUGCCUAACACAGAGUGUGCUCGAUUUGGAAGUACCCCGAGACAAUCAGGACAUUCGAUGUCUGUGGGAUCGCUACAUGCAGGUUGUCACGGUUUGCCUGCUCAAAAUGUAUCAUAAUUAAACAAAGGGAAGGAAAAAGAUGUUUAAUAAAAAUUUUCCAG